AAACGCAAAGCGCGUGCUGGAAAAGCCGAGGCAUAGGGCUGAGAGCAGCGCGAGCGCCGGAGAUCAGCAGGGCAUCACUCGUCACAACAUCCAGCCUCUCAUCCGCCUUCUCUCCAUUUUGUCGCGACUUUUGUCGUUUUUAUCGUUGAAGUCUGAAUCGUAGAGAGCGGUAGUACCCGAGUUCCGCAGCGAGGCUUUUGUUACCCCGUGUUGGGGGCAGUUACUGUUGCCCCUCAGUGGGGGAGCGCGUUAUCAUCUUUCGGUUAUUUGGGAGGCAAAGCCGCAGCCUCUCGCCGCGCGUUCGUUAAAAAUCGAUUUUAGGCUACCCGAAGUUCCGCACUCCGAGCUCCAAAACAUGUGCUCCCGGGUGUGGUUUAUCACAGACCGGCGGAUCAGCCAGGAGUACCCGCAGAUCCAGAUCCUGCGAGCUUUGAAGGAGCGCUGCGCCGAGGACGAUGUUGAAUUCCGCUAUCUUCUCAUGGAUGAGAUCGUCCUGACCAUCACGGAUGGGCAACUCGGUCUGCGGGUUGGGCAGGAAAUUGUUACCUCAUACCCGCAAGUUGCUGUGGUGCGCGUUCCGACCCCAUGGGUCCAGUCGGACAGUGACAUCACCGUUCUGCGUCACCUGGAGAAGAUGGGCUGUCGUCUGGUCAACCGGCCUCAGGCCAUCCUCAACUGUGUCAACAAGUUCUGGACCUUCCAAGAGCUCGCCGGGCAUGGGGUGCCUCUGCCAGACACGUACUCCUACGGAGGACACGACAAUUUCCGCAAAAUGAUCGAUGAAGCCGAGCCGCUGGGUUACCCCGUGGUGGUGAAGAACGCUCGUGGACACAGAGGUAAAGCUGUGUUCUUGGCCCGGGAUAAACAUCAUCUCUCAGACCUUUGUCACCUGAUUCGCCAUGACGCACCGUACCUGUUUCAGGAGUAUGUGAAGGAGAGCCAUGGGCGGGAUGUGCGAGUGGUUCUUGUUGGAGGGAGAGUGAUAGGAUCUAUGCUGCGUUGCUCUACUGAUGGACGCAUGCAGAGCAACUGCUCACUUGGUGGUGUAGGAAUGAUGUGCCCCCUCAGCGAGCAGGGGAAGCAGCUGGCCGUGCAGGUGUGCAAUAUUUUGGGGAUGGACGUCUGUGGAAUCGACCUGCUGCAGCUAAACGACGGUUCUUUUGUGGUGUGCGAAGCCAAUGCCAACGUCGGCUUCAUUGCAUUCGACCAGGCUUGCGGUAUGGACGUGGCGGGCAUCGUGGCCGACUACGCCCUCUCCCUCCUGCCAAGCCGCCUCAGCAGGAAGAUGUCGCUGCUCUCCGUGGUUUCCAGCACCAGCGAAACCAGCAGCGAGCCCGAGGUCUGUAUCCCAACCGAGGUGAUAAUCCCCACAGAGGUGUGUAUUCCCAAUGAGAUCUGCCCCGCCGGCGCUACCUGUGCCAUCCCUGACGGCGUCUCCACCAUGAGCACAAGCUCCACCUCCAGCGAGAGCGAGGCAGAUCUAACCGAGACAGGCCCCGCUCCCGUCACCGCAGAUCCCGCCUACAAUAUCAACUCCCUUCUUGCAAGUGAGAUAAAACUGUUGACUGAGUGAGCUGGAAAUACAGCCACAAACCUACACACACACACACACACACAGAUAUACACAAACAUCAAAGAGCGACACAUACUGAAGAGGACAUUAUACAUACAGAUGCACACGUGUAAUCAUACUAACCCUCCCUGUAAACCCCCAUCUGAGGCUGCUCCCCUGAUGUUUCUUCUCCAUUGACAGACUAUAGAAUUAUACAAGUGUACAGUGCAGUUGGAAGUGCACUAGAUAGUGUACACUCCAGCCUGGCUGUAGUGCACCAGCCGAGUAUGCGUUUGCCACUGUAAUUUGAGGGUGCAUGCACUGUAGAGUGGUUUUACCGGGACACGAUUCCCAAAUGUAAUCUUUCAGCUACCAACAACUGGAUUCUGAUGUACAUAUUGUAUGUUAGGGUACACACACAGACACACACACACAGACACACACACACACACAGACAUACACUUAAGGACAUACUAAAGUCUGUAUUAUAGAGAGAGAACGAAUGAAUUUUGUCUGUUACAAACCUUGUGGUAAAGCCUGGCUGAAGGUAUAAUGCAUUGCAUGAGUGGGGCGAGAAAGAGGAAACCGAAUGGACCCAAAUUUCAACUGCCCACCAGGAAACAAAGGCACAUACCUCCCUGCCCUCAAAAAAAAGCCCACACAGACAGACGCAUAGAGGGACAGCAAGAACAAAAACUGGAAAGCUGUGAAUAUUUUCAUCCAUCCCAAUUCUUUUAAAAAGCAUGAAUGAGUAUGAGUUAUUUUAGUCUGUUGCAGUGGCUGCCUGUAGUAAAUGAGUUACUGCUGAUCAGACAGGCGUAAAGGUUUCAUUUGCUUUGCCGGUGUCGGUAAAAUUGAAUGAGUGAUGUGGGACCCGUUUUGAAUUACCUUCCUUAAUGUGUAAGUGAGGAUUUGGCCCAUAGGAACUUAAUUCUCACAGACAUUUUCUGUCUGGUAAUUCUGUGAACAAGGCAGCCAUUUUAGAAAUCCACCAUUUUGAACUGUUUAUGAAUCAAUAGUAUGGAAGAUAUUGUGAACGGAAAAACUUGCUGAGCUUUUUUUUUUUUUUUUUUUUUUUUUUUUUUUUUCUCCAAUGUCUACUACGCAAAUCUGCUAAUGACCACAUGCCGAUCUGCAUGUCUGCCACCCCGAAAGCAAUUUCCCUCAUAUUAGAGUCUGAACAGUGAGUUGCAUAGAAAUAGAGCAAGUAGACUUUUAAAUACUAAUGUUUUUACCACAAGGGCUGAACGAUUUGCCAACACUAAGCGCUGACGAUGAAUAAGCUAUUUGUCUUCAACGAUUUGUUUGUACUGCAACAAUAAAACUGAAGUGUCAACUCAAAUGGGUGCUACAACUGCUCUUAAUUCAGCCCGGUGGUCUAAAAGCCAAUGAUAACUUGAAAGAAAACCAGGAACUGUACUGAUUUGCGCUAAAUUUACAUGUAUCUGUUGUACAUGGUUAUAUCUGUACACCACACAUUUCUCAUAAGUCUAAUUCUUCUAUUUAAACCUAAGCAACUCUAUUUGCGUCCCUUUUUCUACCUGGAUGUGUCUCAAAAUCCACAAAUUCUUCAUUUCAGCACAUUUGCAUGUAAUGAAAUUCACAUAGAGUCUUAAGGAUUCCAAACAGCAAACCUAAAGUGGACCAAGCUCACAAUCCAAGCCAGCUCAGAAUGGUUUACAAUGUUAGAAGUCAUAGUUUAGAUCUUAGAAUUACAUGUGAGUUAAGACUUUAGAUGAAAAGUCGUUUACAUUAAGAUGCAAUAUAGGUUUAAAAAUUUCGAGUCAACUCAGGGAAGCAGCCUUGAUCAAAUUCCUCUCCUUGGAAACAUGUGACACAUUCAUGCGAGACAGUCCUGCCUAUGUGUAUCAAUAAACAAAAGGACAAAGCGUUAUAAAAUAUUGAGAAAUAGAUGCUGUGAGACCCGAUGGUUACAUGCACUCUUUUCUUGUUUGUUUUAUAAUAUUUAGUGUUCUGUUGUCUUUUUUUUUUUUUUUUCCUAAUUUAUGAUUUCUUUUUUUGAGAAAAAGGAAAAAAUGGUUUAUAUGCGAUUUUUAUCUUGCUUGGGAAAGAUUGAAGCGUGACGAAGGGUUUUGGUGUGAGUUUGACUGAACAGCCGUUGACCACCUGAGACGCGCACACACACACUCUCUUCUCACCGCCCCCUCUCAAGCGUUGUGAUUUGCCGUCUUGUGUGUGUGAUGUGUUCCAUCAUUCCAUGCACCCUCCACCUCUUCCCACACAAGAACAAGUGUCCCUGUAAACUCUGACACUUUUCGCUGUUCGCGAUAACGCACCAUAUGGUUGUCAAACUCUUACAAUAUCUGCCUCCACUUCCUUGGACAAAAACGGGAAGUCUUUUCUCCCCUUAUGUUAAGUAUCAAACCUGUGUGACUCCAAAUUAGCGCUUAAUAAAAUGCAAAUUCAUAAUGGAGAGGUCAAACUCCCAUGAUUCGCAUCUGAACUGAGAGCUGCAAUGGCAUAAUCAGAUCUGCCACUUGUCAAUAUGAUGUAAUGCUCAAUCUGAUUAAGGUACCACUAUACCCCUCCGACUUGCCGAGUUGGCAAUUAACGUAGCUCAUGUAACUAAAAAUGAAAAACAACAGUUGCUGCUAAUGAACACUUAGCUCUCUGGUAUGGAAAAGGGAAAUGUUUUGAGACUCCAUGUGUUCAUUUCAUUGCCUCUUUUUUUUUUUUUUCUUCUUCUUUUUUUUUCUAGUGGGAACCUUAAUGCCAAAAACCAAGCAAUGUUGUAUAAUUUAAAACAAGAAAUUACUAGUGAUAGAACGCUAACAUUGAUGUUAUGUGUUAUUACGUAAUAAUACCAAUAAUACCAAUAAAGACAUUUUAAAAAUGUCCAGAACGUGAAA